AUCUCCACAGGUGACUUUUGUCCCAGCGCAGCCACGUGCAGAUGUCCCUGUCACCUGCUUGGAGAAGUUCAUCUGGCUUCAUUGUGCAUUCAGGAACCCUGUACGGUUUUCAGCAGUACGGCCGUGUUUGUUUCCCAGCUCGCUGCGGUGCGGGGAGCGGUGGCGGAGGCGCUGGCCCGGCACGUCCCCGCACAGCCCGUGUGCCGCGGGGCCGGUAGAUAUGGCGGCGGCGCUCCCUCAGCGCCGCCACGGGGCGGGGCUCGCCCUUUUGGCGCCAAGCGCAGACAGCGGCUCCCGCCCGCAGCUCGGCUCGGCUCAGCUCAGCUCUGCGCCGCGCGGUGCCGCCCGGCCAUGGCCGCCCCCACCGUGCCCGGCUACUCGCCCGGCUUCAAGAAGCCGCCGGCGAUGUUGCGGCUGAAACGCAAACGGCUGCGGAGGAGCGAGGCGGCCGCUGAAGCCGCUCCUCGGCCCCGCGACGCGCCCCCUCGGGCCCCCUCCGCGCCCACCCGCCGCAACCCCUUCUCCAGCCUGGACAACGCGCCGCGGGCGGCCGGCACGGCCCAGCCGCGGGAGCCCGCACGGCCGCCACCGAUACCGACGUCGCCGGGAGGGGCCCUUCCAGCAGCGGCCUUGUGGCAGCUUUUAGAGCCUGAUUGUGAAGAAAAACCCGCCAGGAGGGCAGAGCCUUCUGAAAGAACUGACAUCUUCUCCCUAACCCGCGACCUUUGUGUACCUGCUGCUGUGCCCGAAGUUCCCUCCUCACCAAGACACGAAUUUCCCGCAGACUGGAGUAUUAAAACACGUCUUCUAUUUAUGUCUUCCCAACCCUUUACUUGGGCAGAACACUUAAAAGCGCAAGAGGAAGCUCAAGGAUUUGCUCAGCAUUGUAGAGCUACAGAAACAAACUUGCCACAGAGCUUACAGGAACCAAAACUGUCGACAGAACUGCGUUGCGCCUUUCAGCAAAGCCUCGUUUAUUGGCUGCACCCUUCACUGCCGUGGCUGCAGCUCUUCCCCCGCAUUGGAGCAGACAGGAAAAUGGCUGGAAAGGCGAGUCCCUGGUCACAGGAUGAGGCCUUGCAACAAGUGCUAAUGAGCGACUGGUCUGUCAGCUUUACAUCCCUGUACAACCUGCUCAAAGCCAAGCUGUGUCCCUAUUUCUACGUCUGUACCUACCAGUUCACCAUCCUGUUCCGCGCAGCUGGGCUCGCGGGAAGCGACGUUAUCACCGCUGCCAUUUCUCCCACAACUCGAGGGUUAAGGGAAGCCAUGAGAAAUGAAGGCAUAGAAUUUUCAUUACCUUUGGUAGAAGAAAGUAAAACCAGAAAACAGAAAAACUCCGAGGUCAGUUUGGAAAUGGAAGUUACCAGCAGUCUCGAAGUGGGCAGCAGCACGGAAGAUGGAGGGGAAGCAGCUCCAAGUGAUGAUGAUGACGAUGAAAGUUUCUCUUGGCUUGAGGAGAUGGGUGUCCAAGACAAGGUUAAGAAACCAGAUGCUAUUUCUAUUAAACUCCGAAAGGAGAAGCACGAGGUGCAGAUGGAUCACAGACCUGAAUCCCUUGCCUUAGUGAAAGGAACAAACACGUUCACCUUGCUCAACUUCUUGAUCAACUGCAAGAGCCUGGUGGCUGCGUCAGGUCCACAAGCAGGGCUUCCGCCAACUUUGCUGUCCCCUGUCGCCUUCAGAGGUGGAACAAUGCAAACACUCAAAGCUCGAAGCAUAACAGGGAAAGCCAUGGUGCAGGCGGCGUACACAAACGUCUGCAGCCUGGAGGUGUCGGGCCCGGUGCUGCCGCACUGCCUGCACACCCUCACUGCCCUGCUCAGCGCCGCGCAGUGUGGGGCCUUCACUGCCAUCUGCUACACGCACCAGCCCACUGCCGUGUUCAACAGCAGCCUAGACACAGCCAGCCCUGCCCAGGAGCAGGAAACUGUACACAAAGAUCUUCUUAAGUGUGGCCUGCACCCUCGGACUUUGGAUCAGCUGUGUCAGCAUCCAACACUGGGCAAGUCUUCCAUCCACUUCUUGGAAAUGAAGGAUUAUGCCUACAGCUGGAAGGCCUAGGGCUGCUCUGCCAGGGCUGCUUGACCCCUUCAAGGGCCAAGCACGCACCCUCCUCUGCAGCGGCUGGACAGUUCUGGGCUCUAUGCAGGCAGCCCCCGCACAGUAGCCGGAGGGAUACGCGCUCCUUGCACAUCACAGGCAACUCUUGCACCUCACCCAUCGUAAAACACUUUAAAGGACUUCUAAGGGAAACAAAUGAAAAGGCCCUGAACCUCUCCUUUUGCAUUUUAGAAAGCCCUUUUUUAAUAAAACUGA